CCGGACUAACGUCAACACCGCCUCGUUGAAAAAACAACUUUUUUCAUCAAUUUCCAGCACCAAAAAAACACAAAAACCCAAAAUGUCUUUGACUCCAGCAAGUGGCACGGGCGUUUUUUACCGAAAGGCUGCCAAAAUUAUUCGAUUGCAUCGCAAGGGAUGCGCAAAUCGACCAUUUUUCCAUAUCGUUGUGACACAACGUUCUCGCGCCCAACACGAGCAAGUAAUCGAACAAUUGGGCACUUUUGACCCGCUAACGAAUCAAUACGGAGAACGCUUGAUCGCCUUAAAUUGUGAACGGAUCCGGCACUGGAUCGGAAGCGGAUCACAUAUCUCGGAUGCCGCUUCCGAAGUGCUCGGAAUUGCGGGUCUCUUGCCCGUUCAUCCCCGAACGAUGUUGCAAGCGAGGCGGAAUCGUGCCAUACAGGCAGCAGCAGCAAUCGAAGCUCAAAUGAAGGAAAAAGAGAAAGUGGAACAGUAAAAAUGCGGAUUUGUAGGAUAAAAAAAUUUUUUUUAGUGCUGAUAGAAAAUAAAAUAAAACAAAAAAGUUACAAUUAUUAAAAACUGCUAUUUUUUAUUUGUAUCGCAAUUUAAUCACAAAAAUUUGAACCUAUUUCUAUGGACAUUUGUUUAAAUUUUCGUUUUUGUAAAAUUGUAAAAGGGAAGGUAGAAAUUUUUUUUUUCAAAAUCGGGAUAAAAUGCAGGUCCAGUUAAAAUUAAAUAUAAAUAAAAUGUUUAAAAAA